CAGGACAAUGGGGGAAAUAGCUGUUAUUAUUCUUUUUCACAGUGAGCUCAGAAAGCAAUAAAAUAGCAUAAAAACAAGCAAUUAUAAGCAACAAAACUAAGAAAUGAAACAUUACCAUCUGCAGAUAUAGGGGUGAAAUAAUACGACACUUGAUGAGACGUAUGGAAAAAACAUUUAUUAUUAAAACAAUACAUUGAUGCACUGCCAUUAAUCUAUUGCCAUGAAGGCAACCGUAAAACAGAUAUUAUGCUAUUGCAAUGACAUUGGACUGUAAGCUACAAAGAGACUAUUACAGUCUCUUUACUGAAAAGAGCAUCAAUUAUCAAUAAAUGGGCCUAUAUGAUAAAAACUAUUUAAUUUUUAUUUUAUUUUAUUUUAUUUUAUUAGGAAAGACAGCAACAACAAAAGCAACAAAACAGCACAAAAGCAAGACAAUCAGUGAGGAAUAAUAAUAAAAAAAAAUCAACAAAUACUUCUACAUAUGUAGGGCCAAAACACAUGAAUUAUAAAAUAAAGGCUGAAAUAAUAAAUGGCCCUUCUCUGCAACCCUGAACAACUACAGAUUGCUGCUACUGCACUGUAGUUUUUUAGGCAGAAUAUCAGCUAUAUAAUAUAAUCAUAAAAUAUAGGAGGCUAACUGGGAGCCAGUGUAGGGACUCUUAGUGCAAGCUGUUUGCUUUUCUGUCAGUUAAAACUUUGUGUAUGAGCUGUAAUUGAUUUAUAGACUUCUUGUGAAUGAACAUCUCUGCAAGAACAUCCAGUUUUAUCCCACUCAAAAAAAAAAAAAAACACCCAAGGAGUCUGAAAGUAGGUGCUUGUAAUUUCAGCAGGUGUCAUGCACAGUCAGGGCAAAAAGUUAAUAUAUAACAGAAAGGCAUUUUUAUUCCGUUCUUGUUGUAAAUCAGUAAAUUAAAUAAAACAACACCCUGCCAUUAGCAAGUUGUCCCUAGACUGAUGUCUGUUAAUAAGGCACGGAUUACCACAUAUCUUCCAUAUAUAUCUUUAACUAGAAAUCCUGUCUACAUGCAAAUAACCUUGCAGCAAGUUAGUGAAACAGCUCAGCUCAGCUCAGCUCAACACCAGCCGCUGCUCUGAUUGAAGUGAAGAAGAAUUACAGAGAUGUCUGUCCUGCAGGAGAUCAGUCCAAAUGUAAAGAACAUGAAGCAGUUGGAGUAUGUAGUCCUGGCCAGACGAGCAAGCCAGAUCAUGGAAGAGCUCAGAAAGGGAGCAAGAAAGCCAUACAGUGAAGUCAUAGAUGUCUCCUGGGGCGACCCGCACAGGGCAGGUGUGAAGCCUCUGUCAUUUGUCCGACAGGUUCUUGCAGCAUGUCUUUACCCUGAGCUUGUGAACAGCAACAAACUGCCAGUGGAUGUCAGACAGAGGGCUCAGAGGCUGCUUGGGCAAUGUGCUGGAGGCAGUAUAGGCUCUUAUACUGCUACAGCGGGUAUAGCAGAAAUAGUCCACAGAGUCUCUGAAUUCAUAACGAGACGAGACGGCGGAGCUCCCUCUCACCCUGAAAACAUAUUCAUCAGUGCAGGCUCACAGUGGGCACUCCAGAACAUUCUCAAAGUCUUGGUGAACAGCAAGAGUUCACCAAAAACAGGCGUGCUGACUCCAGUGCCAUGUCACUGCACUACCACUUUGUCCAUCAUGGGGCUGGGAGCAGUUGUCAUUCCCUACUACCUCAGUGAGGAGCAGGGCUGGGAGCUGCAGGUGGAGGAGCUGGAUCGAGCGCUGGAAUCUGCCAAGGGAGUCUGUAACCCUGUAGCUCUGUACGUCAUCAACCCUGGAAAUCCCUCAGGUCACAUUCAAAGAAGAAAAUCAAUUCAAGAGGUGAUCCGGUUUGUCUCAGAGAAGAAGCUCUUCCUUCUGGCCGAUGAGGUCUAUCAGGGCUGUGUUUAUGGGGAAAAGAGUGAGUUUAUCUCAUACAAGAGGGUUUUGGCUGAGAUGGGCCCUCCUCUUUCGGACACAGUGGAGCUGGCGUCCUUCCACUCAGCAUCCAAAGGCUUCAUGGGAGAGUGUGGUAUGCGUGGUGGAUAUGUGGAGCUGAUAAAUCUGGACCCCGAUGUUAUGAAAUACAUCUACAAGCUGUUCUCGAAAGAUUCCUGUGCGCCUGUGUUGGGUCAGAUUGCCCUGGAUCUGAUGAUCAACCCUCCACAACCAGGAGAUCCCUCAUACCCCCUUUAUAAUGUGGAGACACAAAACAUCAGGACCAUGCUGGUUCAUAAUGUGAAGAGAGCCUUUGAGGUUGUAAACAGUCUGCCGGGUUUCUGCUGCCAACCAGUGGAAGGAGGAGCAUUUGCAUUUCCCAGACUGCAUCUUCCACCUAAAGCCAUUCAGAAAGCCAAGGAGGUGGGAUUGCAACCAGAUACAUUCUACUGUAUCAGACUACUAGAGGAGGCUGGUGUGCUAAUCAGUCCUGGUUGUGAGUACGGACAAAAGGAAGGCACGCACCACAUCAGAUUUUGCAUUAUGACCUCCGAGGUCAUGAUGGAAGAAUUACUAAGACGCCUGACCUGCUUUCACACACAGUUUAUGAAGGAUUUUUCCUAAACAAUGGGAACUUAAGGGGGAAAGAAGUCAGUUCUCUCCCUUCCAUCUAUCUGCAGUUGAAUAAUUCAUAAACAAUAAAAAGGAUCUGAUCAGUUUCUGGAGGUUAGCAUGUGAACAUUUAUUGCAAUAAAUAUGACAUCCUGCACUGCA